CGAGAGAACCAGAGGUAUCCAUCGAAGGGCGUCUUCGCAAACGCCUGCGCUUUUUUCUUCUCUAUUUCUUCGUUUUUCCUUCGAUUUCCGGUCUUCUUCUCCGGCGAGGAUGAGGGAGUGCAUCUCGGUUCACAUCGGCCAAGCCGGAAUUCAGGUCGGCAACGCCUGCUGGGAGCUCUAUUGCCAGGAACAUGGCAUUCAGCCUGAUGGCCAUAUGCCUGGUGACAAGACUGUUGGGGGAGGUGAUGAUGCUUUCAACACCUUCUUCAGUGAAACCGGUGCAGGAAAGCACGUUCCCCGUGCCAUCUUCGUCGAUCUUGAACCCACUGUCAUCGAUGAAGUAAGGACAGGAAUAUACCGUCAGCUGUUCCACCCGGAGCAACUCAUCAGCGGUAAAGAAGACGCUGCCAACAACUUCGCCCGUGGCCACUACACCAUUGGCAAAGAGAUUGUUGAUCUCUGUCUUGACCGCAUCCGAAAGCUGGCCGACAACUGCACUGGUCUGCAAGGCUUCCUUGUCUUCAAUGCCGUCGGUGGUGGCACUGGCUCCGGCCUUGGUUCUCUUCUCCUUGAGCGUCUCUCUGUCGACUAUGGUAAGAAGUCUAAGCUUGGCUUCACAGUCUAUCCAUCCCCACAGGUUUCAACUUCUGUUGUUGAGCCAUACAACAGUGUUCUCUCCACUCAUUCCCUUCUCGAGCACACCGACGUCGCCAUUCUUCUUGACAAUGAAGCCAUCUACGACAUUUGCAAGCGUUCUCUUGACAUUGGCCGUCCUACAUACACCAAUCUCAAUCGCCUCAUCUCUCAGGUGAUCUCUUCUCUUACUGCAUCUCUCCGUUUCGACGGCGCAUUGAACGUAGAUGUGACUGAGUUCCAAACCAACCUGGUGCCAUACCCGCGCAUUCACUUCAUGCUCUCUUCCUACGCUCCGGUCAUCUCCGCCGAGAAAGCCUAUCACGAGCAACUCUCUGUUGCCGAGAUCACCAAUUCAGCAUUCGAACCCUCUUCCAUGAUGGCCAAAUGCGAUCCACGACACGGCAAAUACAUGGCCUGUUGUCUCAUGUAUCGCGGCGAUGUUGUCCCGAAAGACGUCAAUGCCGCCGUGGCCACCAUUAAAACCAAACGAACCAUCCAGUUCGUCGACUGGUGCCCGACCGGCUUCAAAUGCGGCAUCAACUACCAACCACCCACUGUUGUUCCUGGUGGUGAUCUUGCUAAAGUUCAGAGGGCUGUUUGCAUGAUCUCAAACUCAACUAGUGUUGCUGAUGUUUUCUCAAGGAUUGAUCACAAGUUUGAUCUCAUGUAUGCCAAGCGUGCUUUCGUGCAUUGGUAUGUUGGUGAAGGGAUGGAGGAAGGUGAGUUCUCUGAGGCCAGGGAGGAUCUUGCUGCACUAGAGAAGGAUUAUGAGGAGGUUGGUGCUGAGUCUGCUGAAGGUGAUGAAGAUGGUGAUGAUGGAGAGGAUUACUGAUAAACACAUUUUGAUUUGGGUCUCUUCUCUCUAUUAUGAUUUCUGAUGUUGUUUGACUGUUGUGGUUUGCUUUUUUUCUUAUGGAUUUACUGAUGUUUCUGUUUGAAUUUUAUGUUUGGUUUUGAUGGCUCAUUAUUAAUUGAUUCACAUCAUUUAAUCA